UUUUUAAUCGAUUGUGGCAACGACAGUUUAUAGGAAUGCAUUUCGCUGCAGUCGGAUUCGAAUUGGAGGGAAAACCGUUCAUUUGACCAUCAUAUUCUCAUUAAAAUCUGUCAUAAGUACCCAAGCGAUUAAAGUGCUAGCAGGAAGAGUGACGCGUUCCAGUGAAAAUUGGUUAAAUUUUAAUGGAUUAGGCAUUUAGAAGUGUCAUCAAGUUAACGUUGAAGAUCUAGAACAAAAUGUCCCAGCCAACAGUAGCAGCAUACUUCAACGCACGAAAGCGUGCAGCAGCUGACGAAAUAGGCGCCGCUACUCGCAAUAAGGUAUUGGUUCUCGAACACUCGGCAUAUGAAUCUAAUCAGGAACAGUUAAUGGCUUCUGGCCGAGUUGUUUUUGCCAAUACUAAAAAUUUUCUUCCCAAGAAUGCUGCUGCUAGCUCAGAUGUGGAAUCAAACGUCGGAAAUGAUUCGGAAGCAAAACGUAUUACGCGGGCUACCAGAGCCAUACGACGCAUCGGAGCGGUGACCGUUAAUGAAAAGACGAGAGAGAUGCUUGAACAGCCGAAGUUGGUCAACUUUUUCAAAAAAGGUGCGCUUUCUCCCAGAAAGAAACCAACGAUUACUAGACAGGAAAUCUCAGCUGAGGCGAAGAAUGUAUCCAAAGCGGCCACUUCAUCUACGGCUGAGUUUUUAACUAAAAACAAUGUAAAUAAUGUCGAGAGAGGAACCAAAACACCAACCAAAAAGGUUGCAUCCAAUCUAGGGAGUGGUUCAGUUCCAAAUAUCAGCAAUAUGAGUGUGGAAGAGACCAGAAACAAGCUAAGUCGAAGCGCUCGAUUAGCCGACCUUAAGACAUCGCUGAACAAAAUGCGCGGUGGGUUGGAGAAACUGGACAGAUUGAAGAGCGAACGGUUAGAUACUAACAAGAAGCCGUUAGUUCCACCAAGUCCGAAGACGGCAGCCCGCAACUUGAAAGAAUUUCAAACCCUUGAAGUUGAGGUGCCCGUGAGUCCACAGAAACCCUUCAUGUCUCCGACAAAAACAUUGCAUCGCACCCCGACUAAGGCCAGCCAUAGCUCGCUGAUGUCCCCUACGAAGAACGUUACACCAAAGCGACUAUCCGCGCUCAUGAGUCCAAUUAAGGAACCAUCGCCUACUCCGAUUAUGGCAAGUCCUACAAAACUACCGGCUUACCAGCGUUUCCAACACCUGACCGAAACCGGCCGUCCAACUCUUCAACUACCCUACAAAUAUCGUUGCCUGGGUGAGCUUUUCAAGUGUAUCGAUACAGUAUGUGCUAUGUAUCACAACCGGAAGGAGCAGAUAACGUUCAAGAAGCUGAAACCUGCCGUGCAGAGAAUGGCCCGCAAGAAUCUAUACGAAAGCCAUCUGGCACAAAUCAAAACCCUAUUCCCGGAGGCUUUUGCAAUUAGUCUGGAAUUGACAAAGAAUUAUGGAUCGGCUACCAAACAUGAAACCUAUCAGCUUGUCAUCAAACCGAACGUAAAAGAGAAAGCCGUUCCUGCAAAAUUGUCAGACGAAGACUCUAACGUCAUUCGAAGCGCCCAGAAUCAGUCCAUGAACCCUCAAGUAAUGAUCGAACGUUUGCAUAAAUUCAAUCGUUUGCUCCUGCAGAAAGCCAUGGACGCGCACCAAAAAUUUCUUCUCGAUCUAGACCCACCGAUGAGGAUUCCACGCGAGAAACUAACAUGCUGGCAUCCGGACUUUAAUCUGGAAAGUUGCCCGGAUAUUGAACAAGCUGAACUUCCUCAACCACCUAACGUGGAACGGUUCUCGUCGGCUAAAGAUGUACUUUCAGCGUCACGCAACCUUUUCAACUGUAGCACAGCCAUGGAACGCGCUCUCGAACGACUGGAGGAAAAGAAACGUCAAACUACCGGUGCUGCGCCAAUCACUUCCACAACAAACAUAGCUUCCCCGCUGCAAGUGGAAAAGGGGAAAAUCGAACAUCCUUACCACGCCGGUCUAAAGAAUGUUCCUAAGUCCUUGCUGGAAAAAAUCCGCGCUAAGCAAGCGGCCAAAGCGUUAGACCAAAUGACACGACGACCCUCAAUCGAGCAAGAAGCCAUCAAAUAUGGUCGCCUUCCGGAACUAGCACGACACCUGCGGAAUGUGUUUGUAACGGAGCGCAAAAGUGUGCUACCGCUGGAAAUCGUACUGGUUAAGAUAGAAAACAGCUACCGCGGCAGAUUGACCUUGAAGGAGUUGGAGGAGCACCUGAAAAUGAUCGCCCAAAUUGCAUCCUUCUGGCUAACGCUGACUGAGGUCCGGAAGACCAUGUAUGCUAAAAUUGUAAAAGACUACGAUAUGACCAAAGUGAUCGAACCACUAGAGAAAAAGGCGAAUGAACUGCUAAACGGUUGAUCGAUUGGUGGAAAAUUUUACUACAUUUGUGAGACUAUUUUUAAUCAUGAAAUAUUUGGUUUUCUAAGCAUGAAAACAUCUUUUGUCAUUCUUUUUUUCUUCUUCAUUAUUACUACCAGUUGAUUGAUUGUUAGCUUUUCUAUUGAUUGCUGUUUUUACCAUACAAUAGAUUAUUCAAAAGUUUAUGUAGCAUCCUUUGAAAAUGUUCGUGUUUUAGAUAAUAAAGCGAUGUAGUUGGAGCCCA